UGCAGCAGGUACCCGGGCCAGGGCUGCGGCCAUCACCAUCGCGGGGCAGUGGGACGGACGGACGGGGGAGGCGCCGGGGUCCUCCAUGUUCUAAGAUCCCCAAGCUCUGAUGUUCUGUGUUUCAAGGAUCCUUCCAGCUGGGAUGCUCUGAGUUCUAGGAUUCAGCUGCGUGGCACUGCCCAUCUUACCCAAGACAGCAAUGUCCUACAAGAGUGUGCUAAUCACUGGUUGCUCUUCUGGCAUUGGCCUGGCCCUGGCUGUUCGGCUGGCCAAGGAUGAGCUGAAGAGGUUCAAAGUGAUUGCCACCAUGCGGGACAUGGCAAAGAAGGGGCCCCUGGAGGAGAAAGCUGGGGAGACACUGGAGAAGACGCUUCAGAUCCGGCCCCUGGAUGUCACCUGUGAAGACUCAGUUCGUCAGUGUGUGGCUGCCAUACCGGACCAAAGGGUAGACAUUCUGGUGAGCAAUGCAGGGGUGGGUCUGAUCGGCCCCCUGGAGUGUCACAGCAUGGCGACCAUACAGCGGGUACUUGACAUCAACUUUCUGGGGCUGGUGCGGCUGGUCCAGGAAGUGUUUCCCAGCAUGAAGCGGCGCCGCCAGGGGCACAUUGUGGUCAUGAGCAGCAUCCUGGGCCAGCAGGGACUCCUUUUCAAUGACGUGUACUGUGCUUCCAAGUUUGCCGUGGAGGGGUUUUGUGAAAGCCUUGCCCUGCAGGCGCUCAAGUUUGGGGUAAACAUCAGCCUCCUGGAACCAGGUCCUGUGGUGACAGAGUUUGAGAAGAAACUGUAUGAAGAGGUCGCCUCCAUGGAUUUCUCCAAGGUGGACGAUGAAACUCAGGACAUCUUCCAGGGCUUCUACAUGGCCUACUCAAAAGAUGUCUUCUCUGCCUUGGGCCAGACCCCUGAGGAAGUGGCAGAGCAUGCAGUGCAGGUGAUCGAGGCAUCCAAACCUCCAUUCCGCUGCCAGACCCACAGCGUGUACACACCACUGACCACUCUAAAGCACGCAGACCCAUCAGGCCAGCUGCCCCUCAGUGCUUUCCAUCAGCUAGUCUUCCAGCAUGACCGGCUCUUCCGGGCCAGUCUCAGCCUCCUGAAGAUGCUACAAUGGAGGAAGCGACGCUACCUGGGCCCUCUGCCCCGGCCCCCAGCCCCCCCUUGACCCCCCCUCCCCAGCCCCACCCACCUUCCAGCAGCCCCAAGGACCGAGGCUGGCAUUGAUUAUGGUGUGUGUAGGGCAGAAAGAGGUCUUAAGGUCUUAAGACCCGCCCACCUUUUUCUCCUCUUCCUAGGCUGCUAGAUGCCCUAGGGCCUUAGGAAUUUUAAGUGUGCAGGGCAGGUUGGCUGGUCCUACCCCCAAUUCCUAUUGCAGGUGAUGGCACAUUUUCUUAGUCUCCUUGUCUGUUCCCCACCCACCCCCAAGUUCCUCCCAAAGGGCCAGGAGCUUGCCUUCAUGCCUGGCCCAAAUGACCGUAGACACAAAUGUUACCAGCAUGGAGGCAGGGGCUUGCCCGCAGCCAGCCCAAGCACAAGCCUAAGUGGAUGUAGGCCUCCUUGAGAGAGGUCUUCAUUGCCUAGAGAGGCCCUGAGGGAGGUGAAUACUUUCCCCCUUCUAAUAAAUAUGCAUGUCUCUUACUUCA